GUCUAUUUGUAUGUCUGCUUUCAUUACGAAGCCGUCCAUGUGUUUUGGGACUGCAUUAUAUCUUUUGUCUUUUCGUUAAACGUUCUUUUUUCAGUCACAGUUGCCUACCGCCGAAAGUCUGGCAGCACUUCCGCUUCAUGCGCAGCAAAGCGCCGAGGAAUUUGGCACGAAUAGCCUGUUUCGAAAGUCGGCUUCUGGUCAGCGUGAAAAGCAAUGCCCUAAAUCUGAUGAAAACCAGUUGAACACCGAAGACCGUACGUCCGCUGACUUUGGAAAAAGCACGACCUCGAACCGUGAUAGUGAACCAGUGCCGGCAGAGCCAUUUAACGCGAAAUCGAACAAUCUCGACAGGCAUUGUUAUAGGUUCGGAGUCGAUUGGCACUGCAACCUUUCACGAGAGUUGCUCAUGCAGGAACUGAUCGAAAUAGUGGAGGAGCAAAAGGUACUGUUGAGCCGGCAGCACAAUCGCGUCCGUGAACUCGAGGAGUAUAUCGAUCGGCUGGUGUUCAAAGUGAUGGCCUCUCAUCCGGAACUGCUGCAAAUUCCUGACAACAACUUCCGCAGCGGUGUUCGGUAA